AUCGCUUCGACAUCCCCAGCUGGCCGUGAGCGGGCAUCCUUCCGGCGCUAUAGGCAAAGAAUAUCAACCCCGAUCGCGAUUUUACCUUGGAAAAUCCCUUAUCCUCAUCCAACAUGGCUUCCUCCUCUUCCACUACGCCUCUGUUCUAUUCCUGCAUUGCGCACAAGACCACGAUCCUUGCCGAGUGCACCACCUCUGCUUCCUCUCAAACAUCCUCUCUUGCCUCCUUGAUCCUCCCUAAAAUCGAACACGAGACACCUGAGAAGCGUACCUACACCCAUGGCUCUCAUCAAAUCCAUUACAUUGCCGAAGCCCCCUCUGGCCACUCCGAACACCCCUCUGCUGGUGGGUUGACCUUCUUAGUUAUUGCCGACGCAUCAGUCGGCCGACGUGUGCCCUUUGCGUACCUCGUGGAAGUGCGCGAGAAGUUCUUGGCAGAGUUCCCUCCCUCAAGCAAUGAGUUCUCCGACAUGCCCAACUACGGCGCUGCUGCGUUCAACGGCACGUUGAAGGACCUCAUGGUUCGCUUUGGCGAUAGCGACGAUGCACUCAGCAAUGCGAAGAAGGGUAUUGAAGACGUGCGCGGCGUUAUGACGAAGAACAUUGAAUCACUGCUAGAGCGUGGCGAGAGACUGGAUCUACUUGUUGACAAGACGGAUAGGCUCGGUGGAAGCGCACGAGAAUUUCGCGUACGCAGCCGCGGCUUAAAGAGGCAAAUGUGGUGGAAGAAUGUCAAGCUGAUGGCCCUGCUUGGUUUAGUUUCAUUCUUGAUCAUUAUUGUUAUCAUCAUUGCCGUCAAGAACUAGGCAAAUACGAAAGAAAACGGCAUGGGAGAUUGAGAAUUCAACCAGCAUGAUUGCACACUUUGUAUAUAUUAUUUACGAGCAGACAUGAACCACAGAUCCAAGGCGUUUCGUCAUCCAUCCUCUUUUGGGUAGCAGCUAUAAUACAAGAAUAGGUCAUAAUAUCGUCGUUACAACAUGUUUGAAUUUGAAAAUCGAGAAGACAACAACUCCAUUCGUUUCCUUCGAUAUGAUGUAAGCAUUAACAAUUAAAGCUUUGGCGCGCUGUCGAGUGGUCUCGUGCCGUCUUGAUAGAUAUAGCCGAGGGCGACGGGACUUCUGCCACUGGUCGGCGCCAGGCUUCCUGUAGCCCCUGUAACUGACGAUGGAGCGCGACGAAGCUUGUCUGUGAAAAAUACAGGAUGUACCAUAGAGGCGCUUUGAGGGUAGUGUCUGUCCCAGGCUUGCUGAAGAGUUGACGGUGCUCUUGGUUGUGAUGUCAUUGUGUGUUUUAUGCUGAAGGAAGCUCAGCUCUGAAUGCGUAUUAUCAAAGUCGAACAAAAUAACGCCAAAGACAAAAUUGCCGCCAGAGUGAAUUAUAAAAAUGACUUGCGGUGAAGUUUUCUGCCCAAAUUUGUUUGCAAAAGGUAAACUGUGUCACUGGCGCUGCUUCAAGCUACCCCAUUCACAUGGCCGAGGUCUAAAUGCAGCCCAUUGCCGCUGUUAGUCAGCACAUUUAGCCGUUAUCGACUUACACGGAGUAGUCGU